AUGUUAAGAGAUCCCUGGGACGCGCAAUCGUUUGGUGCCGGUAUACCCGCUUCCUUCGCCGUCAUCGCACGCUGUUCCCCGCAACAGGUCGAGGUCGAGCCACAUCGCAUUCCCCAAUCCCCCACACAUCAACCGAACCACGUCCGAAUCUUCAAGUUACGAAGAGAUCGAGAAAGCGCGAUGCCUGCGGUAUCUAGUCACGGAUUCGUGCGCACGCUUGAAGCGCGAGAAUGGAGGGAUACAGUUGGUCAGUCCGGCAUGACACCGACGGCUUUUAGUUUUCUGAUUCCCGUCUUCGUUGUCGCUAUUGUGGCGCCGUUUUUGUGUAUAUUCUGCAUCCGGAAAAGACGGCAAGCCGUCCCUGUUCCAGCGCGUCCACCACCCAAGACGAAGAAGCCGGCACUUAGACGUGCAGAAGCAAGAGAGAAAUUGAACGAAGUCACCGAAGUAGUGAGCCUUUCCGGAACCACAUCUCGACAAAGCCAUGAUGGCGCAGAGAACGACGAGGGGAGAUUGGAAGUGGUAGAGUCGCGCUCGGUUUUAGAACGAGAAUGCGCAAUAUGUCUUUCCACUCUUCACGCUCCCGCCCCACCCGAACCCGCCAAACUUUCCCCAGAAACCCCAAUAACUGAUGAUGCCGCCCUGCCCGCCUCCCUUCCACAAUCCGACUCCCUUGACCCAUCAGCCACAACCACCACUACACCCGAAAAUGAAACCAUCCUCAAGCUCUCCGUCUGCGGUCACGAAUUCCAUGCAGGUUGUUUAGUCUCUUGGUUCGUCUUGCGCAAAACAAGCUGUCCGAUAUGCCGAUCCACGUAUAUGAGCAAGGAAGCCAUGGAGCAGCAUGAUGAGGAAGAAAGGAUAGCUUUAGGCGGAGAUGUGACGCCCGCGGUGUUGGAAGCCGGAACUGCGGUCCAGUCACAGGCAGUGCCAGUAAGCAACUGGCGUUACUUCCUGCAUGGAAGUGGCAUAAGGAGACACCAAGAGACACAGGCACAGGCACAGGCUCAGCCUGCAGUGGAGCUACAGAACCGCACUCCACAGACGGUAGAGCAGCAUGGGGCUGAUGCUGCAGUAACAGCAGAGGCGGCAGUGCAGCAGCCAGAGCAGCCUUCUAGGCCAAGGUGGCGGAGGUUGUUGAGAAUGUGA